AUGGACAAAGCUAAAGAAAACAGCAUUUCAGGGCUGGUUAAGACUACAAUUCCAUCUGGUGACGGUCCAAAGCGUGUUCUGGUGACACAGCAGUUUUCUUCUCAGCAUCCAUUACCUGCAAACAGUGGCCAGGCUCAGCGGGUCUUGUGUCCUUCGAAUUCCUCCCAGCAAGUUCCUUCAAAAGCACAGAAGCUUGUCUCCAGCCACAAACCAGUCCUGAAUCUGAAGCAGAAGCAAUUGCAGGCAACCAGUGGCCCUUGCCCUGUGCCCAGACCACUGAAUAAUACACAAAAGAGUGAGCAGCCCCAGCCACCAGCCCCUGGAAAGAAUUGUGAAAAGGAAGUGGCUUCGAAACAGAAAAACGAAGAAUCAAAAAAAAGGCAAUGGACUUUGGAAGAUUUUGAAAUUGGUCGCCCUCUGGGUAAAGGAAAGUUUGGAAAUGUGUACCUGGCGAGGGAAAAACAGAGCAAGUUCAUCCUGGCUCUGAAAGUCUUAUUCAAAGCCCAGCUGGAGAAAGCAGGCGUGGAGCAUCAGAUAAGAAGAGAAGUAGAAAUACAGUCGCACCUUAGGCAUCCAAACAUUCUCAGGCUGUAUGGUUAUUUCCAUGAUGCCACCAGAGUGUACCUCAUUUUGGAAUACGCAACUCUGGGAACUGUCUAUAGAGAACUUCAGAAACUGUCCAGGUUUGAUGAGCAGAGAACAGCUACUUAUAUCACAGAAUUGACAAAUGCCUUAUCAUACUGCCACUCAAAGAGAGUUAUUCAUAGAGAUAUCAAGCCAGAGAAUCUGCUCCUCGGAUCAACUGGAGAGCUUAAGAUUGCAGACUUUGGGUGGUCCGUACACGCCCCAUCCUCCAGGAGAACCACCCUGUGUGGCACCCUGGACUACCUGCCCCCGGAGAUGAUUGAAGGCCGAAUGCACGAUGAGAAGGUGGACCUCUGGAGCCUUGGAGUUCUUUGCUAUGAAUUUCUAGUUGGGAAGCCUCCUUUUGAGGCAAGCACAUACCAAGAGACCUACAAAAGGAUAUCUCGGGUUGAAUUCACAUUCCCUGACUUUGUAACAGAGGGAGCCAGGGAUCUGAUUUCAAGACUGUUGAAGCAUAACCCCAACCAAAGGCUGACCCUGAAAGAAGUAUUGGAACACCCCUGGAUCACAGCAAACUCCUCAAAACCAUCAAGUAGCCAAAAACCUAAAGAAUCGACCAGCAAGCAAUCUUAA